UUUCCUGGAUAGGUCGAAAUUUACAGACAAGACCGGAGAUGUUCUUCUAUUAAUAUUUACUCGUGAAAAAGUAGAGAAUCCAAGAUAUUUGAUGAGAUUUGUGUACUAUUAUUGAAACGUCUUAAAAAAAAACAACAACUGAAAAUAAAUAAAUAAAUACUAAAAUAUUCGAUUUGAUUCUAAGUGAUUAUGGAAGCUACGAAAUAAGACAAUACAGUCGAACUCUAAUAGGACCACAUCGGGAAGCGAUCGUAUUGGUCCUAAUAAACAACAUACACACUAUUUGUUUCUUCAAAAAUUAAUGAAUUAUUCUCAUAGAAUCAAACGAAUGAGUUCUAGACUUGUAUGCACUGAAUGUGAACUCAAGCUGAUUACAGAACUGUUCAACAUCAAUCAUUAUUGUUUACUUGUGACAAACUAAUUAACAAUCACGUGCGAACACUUUUCACAAUUCCAACUCCGCCUCCAGCUUUAGUCAACAGUUGUAUCGGGACAGCAAUGAACUUGAAAUCAUUUUAAUGCGAUAAAACUUCGAUUACUUCUUGCUUGUCAAAAUACUUUGCAAUAAUCUGGAUGGAAUAAGUUUAGAACAAAAACAUUAAAACUGUCCAGGUGAAAAAGGCUUUCAUUUCGACGACAUUGCAGCGUUCUUUAGGGACAGACUUUAGCUGGAAUGUUUCAAUGAACUGUUUGUGGUUGGAGAAAUAUUUAAAUAAAAGAUUCAUUGAACGAAAUCAAUUCACGAAACUCGUUCUCGCAAAUCAAACAUUGAGUCAGAUCAAUGACAACACAUGAACACUGUCCAGAAACAUUCGAUCUACCGUGCGUAUUGGGAACUGAAUCUAGAUCCUUAUUGUUGAAAGUAAAUAAACACUUUCCAAUUUGAUAAGGACCUAAAGCUCCAGAAUGCGUCAUCUCGCUACUAGAUUGUUGUCGUUAGUUCUAUUAACAAUGAGAGUAUUAUCAACCAACUAUUCGGAAUCUUUGGCCUUCCUAAACAGUCGCCUGGCCGAUACAAAUUACAGCCCACAGCUUCGACCUCUGAUCGACCAGAAGGACUUAAUCAAGGUUGAGGUCGCUUUCGAGCUUGUGUCCAUCGUGGAGGUCAAUGACGUCACGCAGAGUUUCACCAUCAAUGGGUUUUUGUUCUUUACGUGGACAGACCAGAUUCUGGCUUGGCACGAUGAACUGGGUGACGAUGUUGAAUUAAUUCAUCCACUGCCAGAGCAGAUCUGGAGGCCUAGGGUCAUAUUCAUGAAUACAUUAGAGGAUAGAGAUCUUUUUGAUGACGAUAAAGCCCCAUUGUUUGUAGGCCGUGAUGGCAGUGUUUACUGGGCUCCUGGAAGUCUAUUUCCAACAUCCUGUCAACUGAACAUGACCUACUAUCCUUAUGAUCACCAGACUUGUGUAAUAUAUCUGGUAGCAAUGACUUUUUCUUCAACGGAGCUCACAUUUUCAGUUAAGGACCCCCACGUGCGGACCAGUUAUUAUACAAUCAAUGGUGAAUGGGAUCUAAAGAGCACCAAAAUCGAGACCUCAGAUCUGAACGCUUCAUAUGUGAAUUUAUCUUCUAUACAGAUAACUUUUGAACUGAAGAGACGCCCAGCCUUCUUUCUGCUCAAUGUCCUGCUCCCAGUUGUCUUCCUUUCUUUCCUCAACAUUUGCGUCUUUGUUAUUCCAGCAGAGUCAGGGGAGAAAAUUGGUUAUGGUAUAACAGUGCUACUGUCUUUGACUGUCUACAUGAGUACUGUGAGUGGCAUGCUACCGAGAUCAUCUCUAACACUACCUAAUGUCAUCAUCUACUUGUUUAUACUAUUUAUUCUGUCCAUGAUUACAGUCCUCUGCAAUAUCAUCAUCGUUCUGUUACAUAACAUGGAAGAGAAAAAAGAAGUUUAUCUGAGAGCCCAAGAUAACUUCUCGUCUGCAUUUACAAGAGUGAACUUGAUAAACCGCGCCAUUUCCUCCAUGUCCAACCCUGACAAAUCUCCGAAUCUUUCUGCCAACAAAACUUUGAAGAUGAAUGGGACUGACGUCACUUCCGGUGAGGAGCGGAAAGACGUCACGCGGCCAAAAGUCAACAACUACAAAUUAAUCGGACGUCAUAUCAAUUUUGUUUUUUUCGUUGUGUUUAUUAUUAUCUAUGCAGCUGUUACACUGGGUUUUAUUUGUAACAUAGCAUUAUCAGAAGAGUAACACAGUGAUGAUAUGAUUUAUAGUAGAUGUGCUAUUUACAAAGGUAAAAGGCUUGAUUGCUCUAAGAGUGAACCCUUACAGUGGAGUCCCUCCCAUUCUCAGAAACAUGAAUCGACUUCGGUGUUUGAUCAAGUAAACCUUAUAGCAGUCAUAAAUGUCUAAAAGUAAGCCUCAUUGUUGGCUGUUGGAAAUUUAGAUUCGAUGUUUCAAGCUGUGAGUUCAUUUCCUGGCAGGAGGUCUGGACCUUCGGUUGUAAGGGAUUAUGUUUUGUCUAUACAAAUAUCUGUUCCAGAAACUUUUUUGAAUCGCGUAGCAGAGUGAGACAUUGUCAUUAUGGCAUCGUUUGAAACCUUGCCUCUGUGACUAGUACUACUGAAAAAGUAAGUUGCCGUUCAUUUUUCUAAUCCAAUUUCAUUGUGCACAUAGAAUGUAUUGAUAACUAUUUUUUGAAUGCAUGAAAAAUUUUAAAUCUGUGGUUUGUUUAUGAUCGACUUUAUUUGUACAAAAGUUUUACUUCAAAUUGAUAUUCUAGUUUACAAAGACAUUUGAAAUGCUACAUGUAACAAGAAUAAAAUGAUGAACAUCAAGUUUAAUAUUUUGUCAUUCCGAAAAUACAAAAAAAUCUAAAAAAAAUAUUAUCUUUGUUUUAUAUCCAGCUAGAAGGAAAUACGAUGUUGUAAACAAAGUUUGUAUCGAUUAAAUAUAAAAAUGCCGUUAAUUUAUUUGUGGAUUUGUUGGAAUUAUUAAUCUUUGUAUUUUUAUCUUUGUUACCGACUGAUAUGAUUUUAAUAAAUAAAUACAGCACCUUAAGGAAAUAACAGGAAAAUCAUCUAAACAAACAACCAAAAGUGGAAUUUGAUAGAUACACUUAAUUGGACAUAUUCUUACAUGGCGCGAAAAAAACUAUGAAAAUCCAACAUAUUGAUAUAUCUGUGUAAGUACUAAUGGAAGUAUAGAUACAUUUUUUUUAAAAAGGCAAAUGAUAAGGUUUGUGCACUGUUUGGCACAGCAGAGGUCAAACUUUCAAAGGUCUUCCGUUUAUUGAACCGAAUAGUUUCAAUAUGAGCACUGCAUUAGACUCCAACUCUAUGAGCUAAAACUUAUUUUUUAAAAUUGGGCAACUUACAAGCGUAAAAAAGUUUUGAUAGGAAGAUCAACAUCCACGCCUUAAGAUAAUGUUAAAGUAAGAGCUUAAUUCUUUUUUUUUUAUUCAUUUGGCAACAGAGACGGUUAACUGAGCGUCCUUGACACUAAUUGCUUAGUAUUAGUUCAUUGUGAACUUAUCCAAUAAAAAAAAGGACUCUGAAACAAAUAAGAAAAAAAUGUUUUUCAAUGUAUAUCCUCGGUGUUUUAUAUGUUUCAUAGAUUUUUUAUUUUAUAGCUUAUUUUUUCUAUAGUUUUUUUUAUUGUGUGUCACUUGUCUACAUUUUUUUUUAAAUCGUUAAGUGACCAAUACUGUUUACUUAUGUUUGGUUUGAUUUUUUGAUUUUUGAUUUGAUGCACAUCGGCACAAUUUAGGCCAUGUCGUGCCUGCAGUUCCUUAAGGACUACUCUCUCUCUAAACAACAAGG